CUCAUCAUCAUCACUGUCAUGAAGCGUUUGGAUGGUGUCCUACUCGCAAUUGCUCUCGCAGCAUCCCAGGUGUCUGCGUAUGGCUUCCCCGACUGUACCACAGCCCCACUUGUCAAUAACUCGGUGUGCGACACGUCCCUCAACGCGACACAACGCGCCGCAGCGCUCAUCGACCUCUUUACUGUCGAUGAGCUAAUCGUCAACACCGUCAAUUGGGCUCCGGGUGUCCCUCGCCUUGGCCUUCCGGCGUAUGAGUGGUGGUCAGAAGGUUUGCACGGCGUCGCAAACAGCGCAGGCGUCACCUGGUCCAUCACCGGUCCCUUCAGCUACGCAACCUCCUUCCCGCAGCCCAUCCUCAUGAGCGCCGCCUUCGACGAUGCCCUCAUCAAAGCAGUCGGCGGCGUGAUCGGGAUGGAAGGGCGCGCGUUCAACAACUACGGCCACGCCGGGCUCGACUUCUGGACACCCAACAUCAACCCGUUCAAGGACCCACGUUGGGGCCGCGGCCAGGAGACGCCGGGCGAGGACCCAUACCAUAUUGCCCAAUACGUGUACAACCUCAUCCAGGGCUUGCAAGGCGGGCUCGAUCCCGAGCCGUACUUCCAGGUCGUCGCGACGUGCAAGCACUUCGCGGGGUAUGAUCUCGAGGACUGGGAUUUUAACUACCGUUACGGGUAUAACGCGAUCAUCUCGACUCAGGACCUGAGCGAGUACUAUCUGCCCUCGUUCCAGAGCUGCUACCGUGACGCGUUUGCGGGCGCAUCCAUGUGUUCAUACAACGCUAUCAACGGCAUCCCUACCUGUGCUGACACGUACCUCCUUCAAGAUAUCUUGAGAGGCUUCUGGGGCUUUGACCAGACGCGUUGGGUCACCGGCGAUUGCGAUUCAGUCGAGGACAUCUACGACUUUCACCACUACACCGCCCUUCCUCAACAAGCGGCUGCCGACGCGCUGAAGGCCGGAUCCGACAUCGACUGUGGCAUAUUCUACACUACAUGGCUCCCGCUGGCGUACACCGAGUCGUUGAUCACCGAGCAAGAUCUCCGUGCUGCGCUGACGCGGCAAUAUGCAUCUCUCGUCAGGUUGGGCUACUUCGACCCUGCCAGCGAGCAGCCGUACCGUCAAUACAACUGGUCCAACGUCGACACGUCCUACGCCCAGGAGCUCGCAUAUACCGCCGCAGUUGAGGGCAUCACACUUCUCAAGAACGAUGGCACGCUUCCCUUCUCGAGCGCGAUCAAGAACAUCGCACUCAUCGGGCCGUGGACGUUCGCGACGACCCAGAUGCAGGGCAACUAUUACGGCAACGCGCCUUAUCUCAUCAGCCCGUAUCAGGGAGCGCAGCUCGCCGGAUACAACAUCUCGUACGUGCUCGAGACGAACGUCACGAGCAACACCACGGACGGCUAUGCAGCUGCAUUUACGGCUGCCCAGGGUGCGGACGCGAUCGUCUUUGUUGGCGGUAUCGACAACACCGUUGAAGCAGAAGCCAUGGACCGGAACGAUAUCACCUGGCCUGCAUUCCAGCUCUGGCUUAUUGGAGAGCUUGGGAAGCUCGGGAAGCCGCUGGUCGUUGUCCAGUUUGGUGGAGGCCAAGUCGACGACACCGAGAUAAAUGCUAACCCAGACGUCAACGCGCUCCUCUGGGGCGGUUAUCCAGGCCAGAGCGGCGGCCAGGCUCUCUUCGACAUCAUCAGCGGCAAAGUCGCCCCUGCCGGGCGCCUCGUGUCAACGCAGUACCCCGCCGACUACGUGAACGAGAUCCCGAUGACGAACAUGAACCUCCGCCCGGACGCGAACGGCACGACCAGCCCCGGCCGGACAUACAAGUGGUACACCGGCACGCCCGUGUACGAGUUCGGCUACGGGCUGCACUACACCAACUUCACCUACGCGUGGACCAAGGCGCCCGCAGCUACGUACAGCAUCGAGGCGCUCGUCGCCGCGGGCCAAGGCUCCGCACACAUCGACCUCGCCCCGUUCGACACCCUCAGCGUCGAAGUGACAAACGCGGGCGCGGUCACGUCGGACUACAGCGCGCUGCUGUUCGUGAACGGCACAUACGGCCCCGCGCCGUACCCGAACAAGUCGCUCGCGGCGUACACGCGGCUGCACAAUGUCACGGCGGGCGCGAGCCAGACGGCGACGUUUGAGGUCGUGCUGAAUCAGAUCGCGCGCGCGGAUGUGCAGGGCAACUUUUGGCUGUACCCCGGCGCGUACGAGGUCGCGCUCGACACGACGCGCGCGCUGACGGCGCAGUUUACGCUUACUGGGGAUGCGUACCAGCUCACGUAUUUCCCUCAGCCCCCUAAUGCGACGGCGACGAAUUGAACGUUGAACGUAACCUUUGAGGCGCUUUAGCAAGUUUUUUUUUUUGCUGCUUGGUUUGGGAUUUCAUCUUUCUCUGCAUUCUGGACUGUUUGUUCGCAUCUUAACAUCGUGUUUUUCUUUUCUGCACGGCCACGUCUCCACUCCACCGCGCUACUUAAUUCCCCCUAUAUAGUGCGAUGAUGGACUGGAAAUGAACUCGUGCAUUUUCCGC